AUGGCCUCGGAGGCUUCUACGAGUACUCAGCCCGUCCAGUCGGCUCAGCCGUCGAUGCAGCCGGCCAAGCUCCUCACGCUCCCCGUCGAGCUCCUCGACAUAAUCUUCUGGAUGGCCUAUCCGUGGCGGUACAUGUCGGGCCCCAUCUGCCGCGACCUGUUGCGCUACUGGGACCAGCGACGCCGCCGGUCCUUCCGGCGCGUCCAGAUCGGCAACCUCGCCAAGCUGUCGAGCUUCCACCGCAGCUACGCCAUCCGCACGUCGAUCUGCGGCGCAUUCGAGUCGUUCACGGUCGCGCCCGGCAAAGACCAGCCUGCCGACGUCGUGUUCGACCUCGCCGCCGGCCUUCCUCCGGCCCUCGUCUCGUUCAUGCCGUCGUUGCAGCGCCUCGAGCUUCACGGCAGUCGGGUCGUCGGCGACUUUCUCGAGCAGGCGGCCGCUGCCCCGGCGCCCAUCCUGCCGGUCCUGUCGGACGUCACCCUCGUCGCCAACCUCGUCGGCCAGUCGGACCCGUACCACCCGGCGCUCCUCUGCGGCCUCGGCGCCCUCGCCCGCCUCCACAAGCUCCACCUCGACCUCGAUGUCGCAGACGGCAAUCUCGGCCAGAUCGAGCAGCACGUCCCGUACUCGUGCGCCGCGCUGCGCGAGCUCACGCUCGUCCACUGCAAGUCGAGCCUGGGCGCUAACGACUUUAUCGAGCGGUGCACUCAGCUUGCCGACCUCACCAUCUCGAGCCGCGACACAGCGCCCGUCAGCACGCGCUUCCUGUCGGCCGUCGGCAAACUCGGCACGGUCACGCGCAUCCACCUGUCGUCGAGCUCGCAGGGACGCAGCUGGAAGCUGCUCAAGUCGCUCAAGACCCUGUCGGAGCUCAAGACGCUCAUCCUCGGCGCCGGCUGUGUGUGCGACGACGCCGCCUCGUUCGACAUUCUGCGCCUGCUCCCGAUCACCCGCCUCGAGUUCCAGCUCGGCACGGUCGUCUCGGCGUCGCGCCUCCUCAAGCUCAUCGACGGCGUCGACAAGCACCCGUACCUCGAGUCGCUCGUGCUCGACCAGGUGCACGCGUCGCUCGGCGGCAUCGACGACCUGUCGCGGCGGUACGAGCAGGACCUCAUCGAGGAGUGGCUCUACAACGAGCGGUGGACGUUCCCGGAGUGGACAACGACCUUCUCGCGCAACUUCGUCGUUCGGCUCAUCAAUACGGCGAGGACGAGCGGCGUCACGCUCUCGGGCGGUGCCGUCGAGGCCGUCGAGAUCGAGACCCAGAUCGCGAUCCGCCGGUACGAGGUGGAGGAGUACUUGGAACGCGGUGGAUGGACCGGCAGCGACAGCAGCGACGACAGCGGUUGGUGACGAGGUGGCGGCAAGCAUGCGGGACGGCGGGGUGUCCAGGGUCGGGGCCGAGCGCU